UUGCCGCUCGGCCUGCGCGUAACUAAAAUCAAUGAGAGACACCGGCAAAUGUGUCAGUGCGACUCCACCAACGUAGCAUCGGAGGUACUCCGUCUUGGGUGUCUUCGAUUUUCUUCGUCUUUUCGCACGAAAUACGUGUUAUCGCCCGAUAAAAAUCAUGUAAGAUUAGAGAUCGAGAUGCCAAGUCAGGAAGAUAUGGACCUUUGUACCGACAAGGUACUGUCCAAAGGGAGAAUACUUCAGGAAUUGACCAAAGCUGUCAAACUGGUUUAUGCUCAAAGUUUAUAUGGUACGGUAGUCUUAGACGGAGAUUCAUGGUUGGUCUACUGGUUAGAUCGAGCUUUGCGUCAUGGACUACGUGUAGAGAGGCAUGGAUAUUGGGGUACUGCUCGUGAACUUAGUCAUCAAGAUACUGUUGUUGUGAUACAUGCUCUUCAGAGUGUUUUAACUUCCAUUGGGAAAGGUAGAGCAUGGCUUUAUCAUACUCUCAGCGAAGGUAGCUUCGAAAGUUAUCUAGCUUGCUUAUUACGAGAUACUAAAACAUUAAAGAAACAGUACUUCCCUCAUGCACUUGUUCGGGAUGUGGAUAAAACUAAUCAGUUAGUUAAUCUACUUGCUGGAUUAGAAAAUGUGUCCUUCACGUUACAGUUGGAUGUGACAUAUUUGGAUACUUGCAAUUACAUGCCUCAGAGGCCUAUGAGUGGAACCAUAUUAUCUUUAAAUCUCAGAUCAUCCAGUGUUUCUUCGAGUUUAGCUUCCCCUGGUGAUAGUGGAGUUGCUUUUGAUAGUGAUAUGGAUCUUGCAAAUGAAACAGAUGCUAGUAGUUACAAAGAGGAAGAUUUUCAUCUCGAAGAUACUCGUAGAUACCGCAAUAAUAGGUACAAAACAAUGAUAAACAAUUGCCUGGAGGACAAUAAAAACUUCAGUUCCAGUGAUUCCAGUGAGGAUGGCAAAACACCUACGCAAUCACCUGGGAUAAUGACCAAAUUUCAAACGGUUAUGGUGACGAAAAGCGACAUAGCGAAUCAAAACUUAACUAGAAAACUUGACGACAAUGAGCUUAAUUGUUCCAGUUUGGACACCCUGAAGGACUACGAUUUUUACAGUAAAAGUUUAGACGACUCAAAGUUAGAUAAGAUAGUCAACAAAAACGAUAACGGAGUCAAAGAGUUGAAUAAAAGAAGUACUUAUUACAGCGAUGGUAGUUACAGUUUCAAAAGAAACAUUGAUCCACGAAAUUCGUACGUGAUCAAUAAUGAUACGAACCUCUUAGAGCUUAGCAUGACUAUUUCGGAUUGUGAGAACAUAGAACCCCCGUAUGGUAUUCUGAACACCAUCAAUAUGACCGACGCUAGUAUUCUAUCAUCUUCCAGCUCAGAAGCAAUAGUACAACGUCGACAACGUAAGAAGAAGCGCGGUGAAAGUAAGAAGCGUGUCAGCUUCCACGAAGACAUUUUAAAAACUAUGAAACUGGAUGACGACGAAAGCUUCGCUGAUUUUUCAAUGAGUUUCUUAACGCCUAAUUCAGUACAGAAAAAGGAUGCACAAAAAGGAAGAUACAGCUGGUGUGCCCACGGAGAUUCGCCUUAUGUCCAGAAGACAGUUAACGCGAGGAACGCACACUCGGAUUACUAUUCGUAUUCCUCAUCCUCGAGCGUAUUUGAUAGCGACUGUGACAAGAAAGGAUCACUAAAAACGUGUGAACCUUGUCAGAGUAAUUGUAAAUGUGCUUGUGGAUUAUCAAUUUCGGAACGCGGUGUGCCUGAGGGUCAAGAAGACCCUGGAAAAGCUUUAAGACCAAAAAUGGAAAUUGAAUUGGAGGAAAACGAAGCGCAGGAAGCUUAUAUCGUUGAGAAACAGUAUGGUAAUAUUGUUGAAGAUCCUCCAUCUAAAGUUCAAAUGCCUUGUCCGUCUAAUUCGAAGAAGUAUACUAGUUCUAGCGAUUGGUCAGAUGUAGAUAGUACUACUGUGUCAGAUGUGGAUGAACGUAAGAAUAGUAGACAUUUAGCUUCGCCAUCGAAGAAACGUAAUAUGACGUCGAUAUUAACUGGAGAAAGUAGUAGCAAAUUAUUGGCACCGCCUCUAAGACAAGCUCCAUCUAAAACCUCCUUGUUGAGUAGAUUCCUAAAAUCCAUUACGGAGAGAAAAUUUGAAGUAAAACAGAAUAAAAAACCACAAAAGACGAAUCCAUUGUACAUCAAAGGUGUAAAAGCAAGUUAUGAUUCAUUCAAAGAUUUCAAUGAUAAUCUUGAUAGAGAAAUACAGGAAAAUGUAGCCGCAGAGAAACAAGAAUUCAGCGGCGAGAAGAUCAGUUUGAAGUUACGAGAACUUUUUAAGAAACAUAUUUACAGGGACAAAACUGAAGAGUUAUAUAAGGUUUACAAAGUUAGGAGUUCGUAUAUGACAAACGGGGAAAGCAAACCAAUGAUUGCUUUGCUAACGGACAAAACAUUAUACUUGACAGGUUCAAAGAUGAACCAUACUUAUAGUAAUCAGUUCGUUAUUCCUUAUAACGAGUUAGAUGUAAUUAUGGUUGGACCAAAUGCACAAACAAUAUUAUUAUCCAAUGCGGAUUACGAGAUGCAAUACCUCUUUUCUACUGGAUGUUCUCAGAGUACUUCAGAAUUAAUUGCACAUUUGGAAAUAGCCAUGAGACGAUCUCCAACAAAACCAAAACUUCCAGCAGUUAAAGAAUUGAAUUACGAAGAUAUGCAUAUUCUAAGGCAUUCGAUUCUCUGCGAUACGGCUGUACAUCCAGAUGAGAAAAUUGAACAUUACAACCUUAUUUAUAUGGAAGAUGAAUACAUGUCACCCCCUAGUACUCCUUGUGGCCCAACAAAAGAAGGUGACCUUAUGUAUAGGCCACAUACUUAUCAACAGCUUCAUCCCAACGCUCCGACUAAUCCAUGGGAAGCUGGAUACUUUGUUCUUAAAGGUGGUGUCGUUUACAUGUUCACUGAUGCAAGUCAACGAUUACCCAAACGAGCCAUUCCAUUAAAAGGUGGUCUCUGUCAGGGUUGUCGAAGAAUUCCUAAUUCUCAUCGUCCGCACACCUUUGAAAUACUUUUAAAACCAAAUAAAGCUUUCCAAUUCGCUGCUCCGGACGAAUACGUUGCUUCGGAGUGGUUGCAAAGUUUCGUUCAAAGUGCUUCUGGAUUGUUCGAUACUUCACGGAAGAGAGAACCUUUACCAUGUAGCCUUAUUACAACCACUAAACAUUUAGUUGCUAUGAAAGAAGUAUUUCCCGGUAAGCAGCGGGGACAAACACUUUCUUGUGCCUCUGUAGAAGAUCUCACAGCCUUCAGAGUACCUUUAACUCAACAGUCUUGGUGUAUAUUAGAGUUCGCGUGUCGAGAAGUACACGAAAGUAGUGGCGACUGGGUUAUAUAUUUUACAAAUUAUACCGAACUGUGUACCUUCAGAGAAAUUUUGGAAACGUUGUGGGCUGAUGCAAGUUUGGGGGAAUUUCCAAUGGUAACACUUCCACCAGAAGAUAAGCUUCAUCGGCGUUGCUCAGAUGCCAGUAAAGAGCUUGAGCUUGCAUGGCGAUAUUUAUUAUCUUCUGUAAUUGACUAAAUAGUAAGAUGUACUGAUAGCCGGUAGGUAUGGCAUCGUCGUAUUCGCUAUUAUAAACUUACGAAACAAAUAUUCGGUGAACAAUUUGCAUAAUAUUCAAUCCGGUAAACAUUGAAUACAUUACAAAGAGUUAACUAACCUGAAAAUCAGUAUGUUAUGUUCCUCGAUAUCAGUAUGCGGUGGUGAAUGCGAUAAAAAAUCAUAUAAAUACACAUAUUUAGUGAUACGUUAUAUCGAUGUGCUAAUUCAAUAAAAUGGUGCAAUAUCUUUUUAAUAGUAUAAAUCUUAAAAGAACAAAAAAAAUGUCAUUGAUAAUAAAUACGCAAAUUUGUAAUAUAACGAUGAGUGCGUAAAGUCACUGUAUCAGUUAUAUGGACGUCUAUAAUAUUCACACUUAUAAGAACGUAUCUACAUUUAAAAUUGCACUAUCGAUAUUAAAUGAAUUAGUUUUAAAAAUGAUGCUAAUAAAUCGGCAGUAAGGCUUAGCGCAGCUUUGAUGAUAAAAAAAUACUCUAUGAAUUGCUUUUGAAAUAAGUGUACGACGCAUAAUUAACAUUCCUAAUAGUAACAUUGAUAAUAAUAGUAGUAAUGAUAAUAACAAUACAGCUUUAUAAUUUUAUUUUUAAUAACUUUUUUUCAUGGAUAUACAUACAUAUACAGACACGCGAGUUUUAUUGUUUUAAAGUAAUCAGUUUCAAUUAGACUCUUAGUUAUUAUGUUUUUAAUUGUACAGUUAUAUGAAAAUUAAUCAUUGUAUGUAAUAUAAUGUUGAUCUCAAGGUGCUUUUGUUUAAUGGCGAUAUUUUUAAUCGACAAUUUUAUUUCUUUCUAACGCGAUAUAUUCUGUUAUCGUAAAUCUUGUUUACUUCCAAAAUUAAUCCAGUAAUCCAAACUAGCGAAAAGAAUUUGAUUUACCAAAGAGAUUCUAUUUUUACAAGUAAAUUGAUCUUUUAUUUUUCAACUGGCAACUUCAUAUAUUUCUGUUUCUAAGAUUAUGCGUUACCAAAACUACAUAAACGGAUGCAAUUUAUAAAUGUGAAUAAAAUUGUAACAAUAUAUGCAUCAUUUUAUGUAGUUACGAAUAAUUGUGAUAAAACAUUUUAAUGAUAAAGAAUUACAUUAACGGGACUUAUUAAUUUAUCUGAUUGUAAUAUGAAAUUUGUGUAUGUUACUACACGAUAAAAUUGGUAAUAAUAUCGGUUCCGUAUGUUAGUUUCUAGCGCGUUUAAAGAGUCAAAAUACUAUACUUUUUAACAUGCUUUGCGUAAGCAUGUUUCUUAAUAAAUGUUACAGUCAUGGAAUUUUUGCACAAUGUGAACAGCGCCAUACAUGACCAUCAAACUUAAAGGGAAGGGAGAAAAAAAUAUAAAUAAAAUUGUAACUAGUCAGGAGAAUAAAAGUAAA